CAAUCAUGCGCCGCCAAUUUCCAGGGUUCCCGCUGCCCGACAGCGUCACUGUGACUGACUACACGGUGAAAAACACGGACCUCGACAACUACACUCAGCCCUACGCCCUACCGCCCGCCCCGCCGCAUGCCUUCAGCGACCCGUCGCACUUCAUCGACGCCCAACUGGCCGGGAUCUUGGAGUCCUUUCGCGAGGAGAUUCAGGACGCGACGAGGACCAGCGGGAGCCGGCCGCCCCGCGACGACAUGCUGCACUUGCGGUACGCCGGCGUGAGUACGUUGAACUGCAGGAUAGUCGCGGACGCGGCGGAGACGUCCAAGAUGUUCAUGACGCCUCUGCCGGCGAAAUACCCCGCGGACGCGCUGAAAUCCGUCUACAACAAGUUCAUGCUGUUGGCGCAGUGCCAAAAGGUCUUCGGGGACGAGAAAGUGACGAAUAUCGGGUUGGUUUUUUGCGAAGCCAUGAACCAAAAAGAGGGACUAGUCGUGCGGGCGCGGCCGGAUGUGCUGGAAAAGCUGAAGGCGGCGAUGACAAGCAACCAGUUUACGUAUUUUCGAAAACUGCGCAACUUCAGCUUCAUGGUCACGGGACCCGCCGCAUCGCUGCAGGGGUUGCGCCGCACUGCUCCGACACCGCUGUGCGCGUCGCUGUUCUUCGGGCAAAAUUUGACGAGUUUCGAUACGAAAGCGCUGGAUAAAUGGGUCGCGGGGAAAACCUCGACGCAGUGCUUGUUCAAUCCACAGCAGUGUCGGGCGCUCGCACUGGAAGCGUUGACGCCGAAUGGGCCGGUGAUUGUGCAGGGACCGCCCGGUAAUAGAGUGAUUCGGAUUUUUGAAUUAGAUGGCGAGUUCAUGACUACUGUGUCGCUUACACGCAAAAGUUUUGUAAAAAUCAUUCUGUGUAAGCGUCACGCACAGUUGCAAAAGUCCUGACCAAAGUGCAAACCAUCCCUGAACCUCUACCAUUUCCAUUUCCUCAACAUUCGAGGUACGGGUAAAUCGCACCUGAUCGCUCGCGGGAUUCUACCCCAGGUCAUCGCACGCGGCGGGCGGGUGCUUGUGUUGUGCAACAGUAACGUGGCCGUGGACGCAAUUGCGGAAAAAGUGGUGGAGGACGAGGAUCGACCGAUGCUCGACUACAAAUCGGCGAAGCAGCACUGCAUUCGGGCCGGGUACGAGAAGAAAUGUUCGAAGAAAGUCCUGCAAGCCGGGUGGUUCCGAGCUGGUUUCUUGGCUGAAAUUUCGUCGGGCGCGAAGUCCGUCGUGUUCACCACGUUACAUCACGCGAGCACCAAGCCCGACGAAUUUGUGCAGGCGAAGUUCGACACCUUGAUUCUCGACGAAGCGGGACAGGUGGAGGAUUUGAAGCUGUUCAUCUUGAGCCAGAAAAUCCCCACACUGCAGAAAGCCAUUCUCGUCGGCGACCACAAGCAAUUGCAACCCUACGUGUCCGAGGGGAUCCGGGAGCAGGGGUACGGCGUUUCCACGAUGGAGCGCUUGAUUGCCAGUCCGAGCAAGAGCAAUUCGAAGUCGGCAACGGAGGAGCAAGUUGCACCCAAGGAUGGAAUAUCAAAUGUAAAAGUGUCUGGGUCUGGAACAGAGCAACUUGUCAUGCUAAAUCGGAAUCAUGUAAGAAUGUGUGUUGCAUGAUUAGCAAAAGCUGUCCACUUUUGACCUAAUCGAGAGGCAGUUUCUCAUGCAGGAUAGGCAUGAUAGAACUCUCACAGAAUCUGUCGUGCUAUGUCCUUCAUACCAGACCUCAUGGGUCAUGGAAAACCUGCAUGACAAAUCGCGCAUUCUUCCAGACCCAGACACUUUUACAGUUGAUAUGGAACAUCAUCUUCUUCAAGAAAAGCCGUGGACUUUGUGAUGCUGGAGGAGCAGCACCGCAUGCCGCCGGCGGUGCGGGAAGUGGUCAGUCAGAAUUUUUACGACAACAAAUUACUCGACGGGCCGAACAUCCGCGACAAGUUUUUCACGAAGGAGUCGGGUUAUCAGCAACUUUUCGCGCAAACAAAGCCGACGGUUGUGGCUUUCGACUUGAAUUUCGGCGCUGCGGAUUUCAACAUGGCACAGCGGUCGCUGGAAAAUUUCCAGGAGGCGGAAAUCACCAGUUUUAUCUACAAGGGGUUGUUGCAAAAGCCCUAUUUCGACGAUGGAAGUUGUCAGCUCCCGCUCACGACAAAAGACAUUUGCGUGCUCUCCCCCUACAACCGCCACAAGAACCGGCUCCGCACGGUGCUCGCCGGCAUUCCCGAAACGGAGUGGGCCAAGUGGGAGAACAUGGACAUGGACACCUUGAUGGAUACGGAAAUCGACGAAAAAACGGCCGCGGUCAGGAAUAUCGACACGGUGGAUAAAUUUCAGGGUUCGGAGCGACAGGUCGUGAUCAUCAACACCGUCACGGGAAUGCAGCGUGCAAGGCAGGACAGCACGCAGCAGACCAAGCGCGCCUGCGACCCGCACUUCAUCAACGUCGCGAUGAGUCGGUGCAAGAGUGUGCUGUUUUUGGUUGGGAAAUUGUCGGAGCUGGGGGGAAUCAAGGACGAUCGGAACGCGUCGUGUUGGAACCCGAUCGUGAAGAUGUUGGAGAAAUCCGGGAGUGCGAAAGUUUUUUCCUGCUCCAACAUGGAGGAUGCGAAGCGGGGCAUGGCGGAAAUCGGGUUGCUACCGCCGGGAGUUGCUGUCCAGCAAGAGUUGGAGCCUGACGCGAAGAGAAGAAAGCUGUGAGUCCUUUUUAUCUUUCCUUUAUCAAGAAAGCACCAAAGAUCAUGCCACCCUUUGAGUAGUCGUGCUUGCUAAAACAAAGCUGCGGUACAAGGAAAACAGCGAAGUUCCAACAUCGAUAUCUUCGUGAUUGAUUCCAUGUCAGUAAACCUCCUCGCGGAGGUCUGAGAAACAAUAGGUAUGGCUAUGAUAUGGAUGUGCUUUUCAGUGGGAGUGGUUCGACGCCUUGCCCUUGAAUUUAAAUUUGAUGCUCGUGUCAUAUGAAAACAAAGAAAUUGAUCUAUACGAUCAUUGUUUUGCUUUUUCUCCCCUUUGUCGACGUUACACGACUUCGUUUACUCAGUCUCUGACCCGAAGUAUUCCUGCUUGUUUUUAGUCGUGGAUGGUGCAUUCUUGAAGCAUCAAUAGAAAGCCGGCACGUGAGUCAUUUUUUCUUCGCUUUGGUUCAGAGUCCAAGACCGAGUUGGGUUCGACAUCGAAUGGGUGAAAAGAGUGGGGAGGUGAUGAGGAAGUGUUUCUCGAUAUCGUCAAAACUAGCUGAUCUAUGGUAUGACAGUUUUUUUCGUCUCCGCAUUCAGUUUCGGUACCUUUUUUCUUUUUCUUGAAAAAUUUCGCUCC